UUCACUUCUUUUUUUUUUUUUGCCCCUGCAGGAAGAUGUCUGGCUCAGAGGAACAGGAGAAAGCACACAAGGAGGACCUCAUUAAAAAUAUGCUGGAAAAGGCCAGCAAGAUGACUCCAGAGGAAAUGCAAUUUUCUUAUAAGGGGAUUCUGUACCCGACCCUUCUCUGUAGUGAUACUGUGUUUCAAGCACUAGAGUCUUUUGAAGGCAGAGAAGAUGAUGUGCUGAUUGUGACUUAUCCCAAGUGUGGAACUAACUGGACAGUACAAAUACUUCAUGAAAUUCUGCUUGCAGUUCAUAAUAAGGAGCCCACAGUUGACCGUGGUAUGCUUGAAUUUCAAUUUGGAAAAGCAGAUAAAUAUGAGCACCUGAAGAAACAACCAUCACCGCGAGUCUUAGCAUCACACAUGACUUAUGAUAAUAUCCCAAAAUCUUUUCUUGAAAAGACCAAGAUCUUGGUGAUUCUUCGAAACCCAAAGGACACAGCGGUGUCUUAUUACCAUUUCACUAACAGCAAUCCUAUGCUUCCUACAUACAGCUCUUGGGACUUGUUUUUCCAAGAUUUUAUAAGUGGAAACAUAAUUUAUGGGUCCUAUUUUGAUCAUGUGCUUAGCUUGGAGAAACAUAUUGAUGAUGGGAAUAUACUUGUACUUACAUUUGAAGAUAUGAAAACGGACUUCCCUGCAGAAAUAAGGAAAAUAGCAGACUUCUAUGGGCUAUCUAUGACAGAUGAGCAAGUUCAGCACGUUCAAAACAAAACUACUUUUAAAUCAAUGAAAGAGAAUUCCGAUAAUACUCAUGGAAAUAUAGGAGGGGCAUUCUUCCGAAAAGGAGAAAUCGGGGACUGGAAGAGUCUUUUUACUGAAGAACAGAGUAAAGAAGUGGAUGCCAAGUUUGAAGUGACCCUCACAGGAACAAAGCUGGGAGAGAAGAUAGACUAUAGAAAAUAUUGUACAUUUUAGAGACUUUGUGCACCCCCCUUCCACCAAGUAAAAAGAUUUUUGAUUGUGUUAAAUAAAGCUACAGUCUUAAAUAUA